UUUAUAGCAAAAUGUACAACCAUGUUCAAUUCAAACUUUGAUAGUCUUUCCCCUUUCCAAACGGAGCAAAACCCUCAUAAUUUUAGCUCACUCUCUCUGAAACCAGAGAGAAAUGGUGGAUGCUUCAAGGCAACGGAACGGCGACGGAGACCAUAGGUCUGGCAAUCUGAAGAGAAAAGGCUGCAAUUUCAUGGAUUUAUUCAACGGUGAAUGUGACGUUGAGGAGAACGGGUCUUCUAGCGACGUUGAGUUCCCGAUAAAGCUCAAGUUACCCACCGGAAAGAUCAUAUACUUUACAGUCAAAGACUCGGACUCCAUUGGCAGCAUCAAACUCGGGAUCCAGACUCAGGAACGUAUUCCAUUUCACCAGCAGGAACUGAUCUUUAAGGGAAUGGUUGUCGAGGACAUCAAUACUCUUGCCGACAUGCGUAUCAAGAAGGAUUCCACCCUCACACUUGCGCGCAAAUCAGGUGCUUUCAUGAAUAUAUCCAUCAAGAACUUCGAAGGAAGGAUAAUUUGCUUUCUUGAAACCAAGCCCACCGACACCAUUGCCUUCGUGAAAGAAAAGAUCAAAAUGAAGCAAGGUAUAUCUGUUGAUGAGCAGGUGCUGAUCUUCAACAAAAUGGUUCUCGGCGACAGCGGCACCCUUUUCGACUUCCACAUCAACUGUAAAUCGACCCUCACACUGAUACCAAAGUCAAGGGGAUUCAUGAAGAUUUUCAUCAAGACCCUCACCGGAAAGAUCGUUACUCUCGAAGUCAAACCCUCAUACUCCAUCGGCAACAUAAAAGCCAAGAUACAGGAUGAGGUGCAUAUUCCGCCUGAUGCUCAAGAGUUGAUCUUCAACGAAAUGGUUCUCCGUGACAUCAACACCCUUGCUGACUAUAACAUCAAAGCGGAAUCCACACUCACACUAACGCGUUUAUCAAGUGGAUUCAUGCAGAUAUUGAUCAAGCCCCUCACUGGAAUUGCCUUUACUCUGGACGUCAAACCCUCUGACACCAUAUACAGCAUAAAAGCCAAGAUCCAUGAUGAGAUGCCUACUCAUAACAUAAACAUUCCAUGUGACGAGCGAGAGUUGAUCUUCAACGAAAUGGUUCUCUACAACAAUGAUACCCUUGCUGACUAUAACAUCAAAAGGGAAUCCACACUCACACUUGUGGCUAUAUCAAGGGGAGUCAUGGAAGUAUUCGUAAAUCUCUCCACAGGAAAGACUAUUGCUCUAGAAGUCAAACCCUCAGACACCAUCCACAAUGUGAAAGCCAAGAUCUUUGGUAAGGAAACUCAACUUCCACGCCAUCUGAGACUGAGCUAUAACGGAAAGUUUCUCGAGGAUGGCCCUACCCUUGCUGACUACCACAUCCGCAAGGAAUCAAACGUCCUUUUUUUUAAAAUGGCGGAAGAGGGCAAAGGAACGGCUGACGGUUCUUCGUCGAAGAAACGGAACGGCGAAGGAGACGAUAGGCCCGGUAACCGGAAGAAACCGAACAGUGAAGUUGAAUUCGUUGAAGUGGAGGAGAGCGGGUCUAGUGACGAAGAUGUUGAAGUGGAGGAGAGCGGGUCUAGUGACGAAGAUGCUGAAGUGGAGGAGAGCGAAGAUGACGUUUUUAACUAUGACAUGGAGGAAAACAGUAUAUUAGUGAAGACCACAACCGGUAAGAUGAUCUCUCUUGAAGUCAAGGGCUUAGACACCAUCGGCAACAUAAAAGUCAUGAUUCAAUAUAAGGAACACAUUCCCUUUGCACAGCAGGAACUGGUCUUUGACAAAAUGGUUCUUGAGGACGCCGAUACCCUUGCCAACUUGCGCAUCAAGAAAGGAUCCACGUUCACACUUAUGGGUAAAACAAAUGGAUCCUUUAAUAUAAAGAUCACAAACCUCAAGCGAAAGAUCGUCCGUUUACUUGAAGUCAAAUCCUCGGACACGAUUGGUAACGUGAAAGCCAAGAUGUGCUGUUUUGGGCACGUGCUGAUGUUCAAUGAUAUUGUCCUGGAAGAUAGCUGUACCCUUGCUGACGUCCACAUCAUUAGCGGAUCCACCCUCACACAUAUAAGAAAAUCACCGGGAUUCGUCAAAGUAUCUGUCAUUAUCCUCUCCGAAAAAACUCUCUCUUUGAUGGUCAAACGCACAUACACCAUCGCCCAAGUGAAAUUGGAGAUCGAGCGUGAAGAACAAAUUCCAUUUGACGAGCAGGCGUUGAUCUUCAACCAUAUGGUUAUUGAGGACAGUUGUACCCUUUUCGACUUACACAUCAACAUGAAUUCGACCCUCGUACUAAGGCGCAAAUCAAGGGUGUUCAUGAAGAUAUUCAUCAAAACCCACACCGGAGAGACCGUUCAUCUAGAAGUCAAACCAUCAGACACCAUUUGCAAUGUAAAAGCAAAGAUCCAGGAUCGGUUACAUGUUCCCUGUGAUGAACAGGCAUUGAUUUUUGAGGACAUGGUUCUUGACAACACCAAAACCCUUGCUGACUUUCACAUCAAGCAACAAUCCACACUCGCACUUAUGCGUACAUCAAGGGAUUUCAUGAAAAUAUUCAUCAAAUCCCUAACCAGAGAGCCAGAGGACGUUACUCUAGAAGUCAAACCCUCAUACACCAUUGGCAACAUAAAAGCUGAGAUCCAGGAUAAGAUAAAUAUUCCAUGUGACGAGCAGGCAUUGAUUUUCGGCGAUGUGGUUCUUGAGAACAUUGGUACCCUUGCCGACUUUCACAUCAACAACGAAUCCACACUCGAACUUAUGCGUGUAUCAAGCGGAUCUAUGCGUAUAUUCAUCAAGAUGAUCAUCACUGGAAAGAGAAUUACUCUGGAUGUCAAACCCUCGGACACCAUCCAGAAUCUGAAAUCCAAGAUCCAUGAUAAGGAAGGAACUCCCCCAUGCAUGCAGAGACUUAUCUUUGCAGGAAAUCAACUGGAGGAUAGUCCUACCCUUGCCGAUUACCACAUCUCAAAGCUAUCAACCGUUCUUCUUAGUAUAACUUAUGAGAAUACGUGUGGUUUGAUGUAGUUCGCUUUUUAAACAUGUUGUCUACAUGUGUUUGAAUUCGUUGGAUUAUUACUCGUUUGUUUUCCUAAUUUAUCUAAAACUAUUAAAUCUA